UCAUGUCAUAAUCAUAUUUUUCUGGUCUUUUGAGUUGGUAAAUAUACAUCAUUGAAUAGUUUAGGGUGAAAAAGCAUAAUGGAAAUAAUCAACUCGUAAUUUGUUAGAGAUCUAUCAGCCUAUUUAUCUUAAAGAUGUAUUUACAUGAUAGAUUAGUCCAGAAAUCCUAAUACAAAUUGAAUUCGAACUAAUCAAUUCAAUUCAAGGAUUCUAUUGACCAAAUAUGUGAAAUCACGGAAUGCACUUAAAAAUAAAAUUUAGAAGAAGUAAGUCAUCACUUUUAUUUUAUAGAAAUUAUUAUCUUAACUCACUCUGGUGGAUUAGGAUGAAAUAUUUGAUACUAUUUGUAUCAGAGGAGAUAUGAUUGAAAUAAUCAAUCUAUUAAGGGAUUGCUCAAAUGGUAAGGCUUUUGCAGAAUAACUCAAAAUUGUUGAAGAUAAUAAACAAUUAAAAGUUUAAGAUGCUACUUGGUUUGAUUCUACUCAACCUUAGACUUGUCUAAAUUGGAUAAUAAACGAGUUUGAAAAGUAAGUCACACUGCUCUAUUAUAAACAUAUUAAUUUCAUUAAUUAUGAAUGCCUUUAGUAAUAUUGGAUAAACAAUGGAAAUAAUAUAAGAAAGAAGGUAUCUGAUUGUAUUUCAAAUGUCAUUAAACCAAAUCAAAACAUUAUGCUAUAAUAAUAUUCCUCUUUUAUUAAAGAUCAUACAAUUAAUAUUCAAAGUAUUCUUAGUAAAUUUAAUGAUAAUCAACUUGAAACCAUAUUCUAUUUACCUUUACAUAAUGCUUUGAUUUUAUAAAGUUUCUGUGAAAAAUUAGUUCUUUAAAUCAUAAGAGAAUCUUAUAAAUAAUCAAUUUUAUAAGAAUUAGAAUGUUUAACAAAGAAUAAUCAUAAUAUAUAACAUCAAUAAAUGUCAUAAUAAAAAUUAAAGAAAAAGAAGAAAUAAAAUAAGUAAAAGAAACUAAUACAUUAAGUAUUGUAGGAAAACACACGAAUUGUUGUUUAAAAAGAGCAUGAAAAUUAGGAUGUUACUACUGAUGACAAUCAAGACACUGAGGAUUGGAUUGUGGUGACUAAGAAAAAAAAGUAGAAAUCUCUUAAUCAUUCUAAUUCAACUAAUUCUAAUAAAGAAAAAUAAUUAAGUUUAGAAUAAUAAGAACAAUAACCUUAAGUAUAAGAAAAUAGAAUAUAAAUGGAAAUUGAGGAAAUAAGUAAGAAUGAUUUAGAUUAAUAAGAAUAACUAUAAUUGUUAAAUUAAGAGUAAAAAUAAUAAGAUUAAUAAUAAUAAUAAUUAGAUUAAUAAUAAUAAUAGUAAUUUGAUUAAUAAUAAUAAUAAUAAUAAUAAUAAUAAAAUUAAUAAUAAGAAUAAGAAUAAACUAUUAGCACUCCAGAAAAGAAAAAAUUAAUUAGAAAAAAUCUAGUCUUACCUAAAACAAUUGAAUUAAUUUAAGAUCCCAUAGAUGAAAAUCUUAUGAAUCAAGCAUUUUAAUAAAUGAUAAAAAAAUUAGAUCUUGAUAUUAAAGAAUUUAUUGAUUAAAUUAGAAGAGACAAUGAUUAGCAAUUUCCAAUUAGAUAGUUAAUCUUCAAUAGAAUUCAAUUCAUAAUUUAAUUAUUAUUUAAGGAUGCUGGAGUGUGUCUUUUUGGAUCAUGUGCCACAAGAUUGGCUCUUCCUGAUAGUGAUAUUGAUAUAGGUAUUACUGGUCUGGAAACACAUUAAUUAAACCAAAAGAUGGAUAUCAUUAUAGAGUUCUUAUGUAAAAUGAAUUGGGUCAAACGCAUUAAGUAAAUCAUUUUAAUAUUUUAGACAAAUCUAUCCUACUUAAACUACUUUGCCUCUCAUUAAGUUAUGGGUGGAUCCCAGUAUCCCCUUUAGGAAUGGGAAUAUGAAUUUACCUCCUAUAGAUCUUGUAUGCCAAUCCCAGUUGAUUUAAGUAGAUAUCAGUUUCUUUGGACACAUUAAGCAUUAAGGAUUGAUAUCAACAGAACUUACUUGUUAUUGGCUUCAAGAAUAUUAAGAAUUAAAAACUCUUACACUUUUAUUUAAAAGUUUACUAAAAAAGAGAGGAUUAAAUGAUUAAUCUAAAGGUGGAAUUUCAUCAUUUUGUUUAGUACUAAUAGUUGUGUCCUUUCUGGAGUACUAUUAUUAAUAAAAUGCUGGAUUCCAUUCAAUUGGAUUGGCAACAUACAAAUUUCUAGAAUUUUAUGGAACCAAAUUCAAUCCUCAUUCUAUGGGAAUCUUUUAUAAAGGAUUUGAUUAGAAGUAUUAAUUUAAUAAAUUAAUAAUAGUCCAUUCUUUUAUUUUGAAAAAGAGGACUUCUAAUUGACAAUAGUUAGUCCUAUUACUUAUGAUAUUAUUAGUCAGAAUAGUUCAUUUGUUUAGACUAUACUUUAAGAUAUCAAUGGAUUAUUCAAUGCAUGCGAAAAUGAAACUAAGUUCUUCUAUGAUAAGGUUAAAUUUAACAAGAAGAAGAAAGGAAAGAAGGAGGAACGAAAUUUGUUUUAUAAGGAAUUUGCAAAACUAACACCACUAUUUAGUACUUGAUUAUAUAUAUAAAUAUUAAAUUGUAUGAGUGAACCAAAAAAAAUUGUGAUGCUUGGAGAGGGUGAGUCAUAUUGAUUUAAUCUUUAGGCAGAGUAGGCAAGACUUGUUUAACUUUGAGAUAUUGUUAAGAUCAAUUUAAUGAGAAUUAAGAAUCAUCAGUCAAUGCCACAUAUUUUGAUAAAGUUGUAGAUCUUGGAGGUGGUAAAGACAUUAAAUUGGCAAUCUGGGUAUUUAAAUAUUUAAUUUUUAAAGGACACUGCAGGUCAAGAAAUAUUUCAUGCAUUGACUACAGUAUAUUAUAGAGAUGCAUAUGGAGCUGUACUUGUUUAUGAUGUCACUUAUAAAGAAUCAUUUCUUAAAGUAUAACAUUUAAAUUCACUUAUAGGUAGAAAAAUGGGUAGAAGAAUUAAGACAAUUUGGAACUAAGGAUAUUUCAAUCGUUGUUGCAGGAAAUAAAUGUGAUAUGAAGAAUUAAAUGCAAAUUGAUAAAAACGAAGUAGAAGAAUAUUGCAAAAAGAUUGGAGCAAAACAUUUCUUUACUUCAGCCAAAGCUGGGAUUGGAAUUAGUGAAGUAUUUAGAUCUUUAGGCGAAAGUAUUUAUUUGAUUAAAUUAGGUAUCUCAAUCAAAGUUUAGGCUUAAGAAAGCAAAGGUAAGAAAAAGAAAGGUCUCUAAAUCAAAGAUGUUAAAGACACGAAGAAAUAAAACUCAAAAAAUGAUGGAUGUUGUUGAA